AUGCCUGGGAUUCCUAAGUUAGAGUGGAAAGGUACGGUUGGUCUCGCGCCUAAGCAUAUAGUGUCAUUUCUUAAGGCACAUCGGAUGGUUGAGAAAGGGUGUCUAGCUCAUCUUGAAUAUAUUCAUGAUACCAGUACUGAUACUCCUCCACUUGAGUUGAUACCAAUUAUGACAGAGUUACCUGAGGUGUUCCCUACUGAUCUUCCUGGUAUUCUUCCGGACCGGGAUAUUAAUUUUCACAUUAAUGUUGAUCCGGGCACCAAGCCCAUUUCUAUCCCUCCUUAUCAGAUGGCUCUUAUAGAGUUGAAGGAAUUGAAAGAAAAGUUGCAAGAUUUGUUGAGCAAAGGGAGUAAGGAGGAGAAUGAGAGGCAUUUAGGGAUUUUCCUUGAGACUUUGAGAGAGAAGAGGCUUUAUGCUAAGUUCUCCAAGUGUGAUUUAUGGCUUAGCUCUGUGGCGUUUUUGGAGCACAUGGUGUCCAAGGAUGGUAUCAUGACUGGGGAGGGACGUUUGGCUAGAGAGGUUCAGAGUUUGGCAAAUUCCUUGGUUAGGCUUGAUAUUUCUGAACCUGGAAGGGUUUUUGCUUGUGUGGAGGGAAAUGCUCGUGAGGCAAGGCUUGAUGAAGAAGGGAUUAUGAGCAUCAAAGGACGAAUAUGUACACCUCAGACAGGAGAUUUGACUGUUUUGUUUAUGGAGGAGGCUCCCAACUCAACGUAUUCUAUUCACCCUGGUGCUAUGAAGAUGUAUCGAGACCUGAAGCAGCACUAUUGGUGGUGUAGCAUGAAGAGGGAUAAUGUGAAGUUUGUGUCUCGGUGCUUGAAUUGUCAACAAGUGAAGUAUGAGCACCAAAAGCCUGGUGGGAUUUCUCAGAGAAUGCCCAUUCUUGAGUGGAAAUGGGAAAGGAUUGCCAUGGAAUUUCUGAUGAUUUAUACUUUUGAGAAGCUGGCUAAGAUCUACAUUCAUGAGAUUCUUUAUUUGCAUGGAUUGCCCGUUUCCAUUAUUUAUGAUAGACAGACUCAGUUUACCUCUUAUUUCUGGAAGUAUUUGCAAAAGGAGCUGGGUACCCGGGUUGAGUUGAGGACAACAUUUCAUCCCCAGACUGAUGGUCAGUCUGAGCGUAUUAUCCAGGUUUUGGAGGAUAUGUUGAGAUAUAUUUCAAAUGGUUCUCAUGUGAUUAGAUGGGAUUCAGUGAUGCUUGAUCAGAAUUUGUCCUAUAAGGAAGAGUCGAUUGCUAUCUUGGACCAUCAGAUUCGCAAGUUGAGAUCCAAAGAAAUUGCUUCUGUGAAGUUUCAGUGGUGA